AUGCCAGCCCCCGUCGCCGACACACUCAUCACUGCUCCCAUUAACGCCAUAGAUGGGCACGCCUAUAAUGUCCCCGAUCAUGACGCUAUCAACGCUCAUAUGGACGCUAGACGUCAAGAGUCUGACAACUUGGAAAAUGAGAAAGACUUGAGCGAGAAGAGAGAUCACCAGCAUGAUAUGGAGAUCUCAGCUGCUCCUGCUCUGGAUUAUGAGCAGGAUAGCUUGCACAAAGAUGAUGAUGUUAUCAUCGUCAGCGGUACCGAUGCCGCAACUCACUUGUUGCCAAUGAGAGAUGAUGGCGAUCCUGCAGUCACAUUCAGAAGUAUGGUUCUGGCAACUGGACUUGCUGCUUUUCAAGCUGUCAUGUAUCAGAUCUAUUCUUAUAAACCCACUCAAAUCACCAUCCAAGGUACCUUCAUUGUUCUUAUCGCUUACUUUGCCGGUAAUGCUUGGGCGCUUGGUCUACCUCGAGGUGAUAAGUUUGAAGCUAGAUGGAGAGCAAAAGGCGGCGAAGGAAAGCUGCCUGUCUGGAUUACGAUAAUGAAAUUCCUCAACAACGGGCCUUGGGGUUUGAAAGAGCACUCUAUUUGUGCUAUCACCGCCACCUCUGCUUCGAAUGCAGCCGAGGCUAUCCAGGUUUUCAGUGCCCAAAGGUUGUUCUACGACAUUCCUCUUGGAGCCACAACUGUCAUUCUGAGUGUCAUCUCGAUUGGUGUAUUUGGUCUAGGUCUUGCCGGGCUCUUCCGUCCCAUCGCCGUUUGGCACGUGGAUGCAGUCUACUGGUCUACAUUGCCCACCGUCAAAACCCUUCAAGGACUUCAUUGGAACACCGUUAGGGGAUCAAAGCCUCUCCGAUAUUUCUGGUAUGCUUUCACCGGAAUGUUCUUCUAUGAGUUCUUCCCCGCCUACAUGUUCCCCUGGCUCAAUUCGGUUUCGAUUCCAUGUCUCGCUGCAUCAAAAGCCACUGGCGACAAAGCUGCCUUACUCACCAAUUUGUUUGGUGGUUCAUUGAACAACGAGGGUCUCGGUCUUUUCAGUCUUUCCUUCGAUUGGCAAUAUAUCACAUCUUUCAACACUUCUCUGCCGUUGGUACUGCAAAUGAACUCUGCUAUCGGUCUUUUCACUUGUAUGCUUGUAAUGCUCGGUAUCUAUUACGGUAACGGCUGGAAUGCCAAGUCACAACCAUUUAUGUCUACUCGACUUCGAGCUGAAGAUGGCACAGCGUAUCCUAUCGCCAAGGUCUUCAAGGCCGGUGUCCUCGAUCCAGCCGCCUUGGCCGAAUACGGUCCUCCCCGACUUACUGGUACAUUCGCUUACGCCAUGUUUAUGGCAAAUGCUGCCAUUGGCGCUUUGGUCAUGCACGUCUUCGUCUUCUGGGGCAAAGACAUCAGAAAGACAUACAAGUCCGCCAAGGAAGGACGAUACGAUGACAAACAUCACGAACACAUGGUCAAGAAUUACACAGAGGUUCCAUGGUAUUGGUAUGCAAGCAUCGUCUUCAUCGCAUUCAUUUUGGGUAUCGUCGUCGUCGUCAAGGAACACAUCACUCUCCCUGUUUGGGCUUACAUCAUCUCUCUUUGUUUGGGAUCUUUCAUUGCACCAUUGAGUACCAUCCUCUACUCUCGAUACGGAAAUGGUAUCGCCACAAACAACUUGAGUAAGAUGAUUGCUGGUUUGAUGAUCCCCGGUAAACCAGUAGGAAACAUGUACUUCGCCGCAUGGUCUCAUACCGUCAUUGCCAAUUGUGUCCAACUUUCCAACGAUCUUAAAAUGGGAGAGUACCUCAAAAUCCCACCAAGGGUCAUGUUCCUUACCCAAUUAUGGGGUACCGUCUUCGGAGGUGCUAUAAGUUACGUCGUGAUGAUCUCAAUCGUCAGCAACAACGCCGACGUUCUCGUCAACAGUAACGGUUCUGCCUCUUGGUCAGGAGCCACUCUUCAGAGUUACAAUACCAAUGCCGCUUCAUGGGCCAUGGCCAAAUACCUUUACAAGUCCGGAGAGACAUACGCAAUGGUACCUGUUGGUAUUGCUAUUGGUGCCGCUCUGGUCGUUUGUCACAGAAUCUUCGUUCGAUUUGUCCCCAAAAUUAGAGGAUUUGCUACGGACGAUCUCAAUUUCCCUCAAUUCAUCCAAUACGCCGGUUACAUUCCUUACAAUCAAUCUCAAACCUGUGUCAUUUUCUCGCAACUCAUCGCUGGUUUCUUCACUCAGUUCUACCUCCGAAACUACAAGCCCCGAUUCUUCAGAGAUUACUCAUACCUUAUUACCGGUGCUUUCGAUGGUGCUAGUUUGACUGCUCUUUUCAUCCUUUCGUUCGCCGUGUUCGGGGCAGGCGGUGCAGCCAUUGCUUUCCCUACCUGGUGGGGUAACAACGUCGAUGGUUACUACGACCAUUGUCCAAUUGCGGAGUAA